UCGAGCAAAUGGGUCUGCUUUCGCUGCGUCCAUAAAGAGCCAGCGGAUGUUCAAAGAGACAACCAGUUGCUCCGCAUCCUGUCAAGCCAAAAGUACUCACGUGCAUGUCACGGCGGAGCAUCCUCGACCUGUUGCAUUGGAGGAAGAAAGAUAUUACAUUGUGUCAUUAAUAAAUUAACAACAUUUUAGGGUGCUCAUACAGGUAUGUGUUAUUUGGAAGUUGAAUAACAAAAUAAUUGUUAAUUUUGAUAAGCCCCUCUAGAGGCGUCUCUGUUUGUUCGCGUCUCAAUCUCUGGCAUUGUGCGCUGGUGGGUUCGGCGCUCAGGAGGGGACCAUGGUAGUGGUAGAGCUGGAGAAGGAGGUGCUCCCGCUGCCUCCACGGUACCGGUUCCGAGACCUGUUGCUGGGUGACUGGCAGGCUGAUGACAGGGUGCAGGUAGAAUUCUAUGUGAAUGAAAACACUUUCAAGGAGCGCCUCAAGCUGUUCUUCAUUAAAAACCAAAGAUCCAGUCUGAGGGUGAGGCUGUUCAACUUCUCUCUGAAAGUAUUGAGCUGUCUCCUCUACAUGGUCAGAGUCCUACUGGAUGACCCACAGGAGGAGAGACAGGACUGUCUGGACUGUUCCAAACAGAAUGCAUCGGCCCACCCCAGCAGGACCCAGUUUGACUGGUCUCUUAUCAUCUGGGUGAAUAGGCCUCUGCCUCUGUGGGCUCUACAGGUGCUUGUAGCUUUCAUCAGCUUUUUCGAGACCAUGUUGCUUGUGUACCUCAGCUACAAGGGCAACGUUUGGGAGCAAGUGUUGCGUGUUCCCUUCAUCCUGGAGAUGAUCAGUGCUGUUCCCUUUGUGAUCACUGUGAUUUUGCCCUCCCUCAGAAAUCUGUUCAUCCCUGUGUUUCUCAACUGCUGGCUGGCCAAACAUGCCUUGGAGAACAUGAUAAAUGAUCUGCACCGGGCCAUCCAGCGUACUCACUCAGCUAUGUUCAACCAGGUCCUCAUCCUCAUCUGCACCCUGGUCUGCCUCAUGUUCACCUGUAUAUGUGGGAUCCAGCACCUAGAGCGAGCAGGAAACAAUCUGACUCUGUUUGACUCGCUCUACUUCUGCGUGGUCACCUUCUCUACUGUGGGCUUCGGUGAUGUCACGCCCCAGAUAUGGCCUUCUCAGCUGCUAGUGGUCAUCAUGAUCUGUGUGGCGCUCAUCGUGCUUCCCAUACAGUUUGAGCAGCUGGCCUUCCUGUGGAUGGAGCGCCAGAAGUCUGGGGGGAACUACAGCCGAUACCGGGCACAGACGGAGAAGCACGUGGUGCUGUGUGUCAGCUGCCUCAAGAUAGACCUCCUCAUGGACUUCCUCAACGAGUUCUUCGCUCACCCCAGACUGCAGGACUACUACGUGGUGAUCCUGUGCCCAGCAGAGAUGGAUGUACAGGUACGGAGGGUCCUCCACGUGCCCCUGUGGGCACAGAGGGUCAUCUACCUGCAGGGCUCCGCCCUCAAGGACCAAGACCUCAUGAGGGCCAAGAUGGAUGAUGCUGAGGCCUGUUUUAUCCUCAGUAACCGAUUCGAGGUGGACCGCUUCGCUGCUGAUCACCAGACCAUUCUAAGAGCCUGGGCGGUGAAAGACUUUGCCCCAAACUGCCCCCUGUAUGUCCAGAUCCUCAAACCUGAGAACAAGUUCCAUGUCAAGUUUGCAGAUCAUGUGGUGUGUGAAGAGGAGUUUAAGUAUGCCAUGCUGGCCCUGAACUGUGUGUGUCCUGCUACCUCCACCCUCAUCACCCUGUUGAUCCACUCCUCUAGAGGACAAACAGCACCCCCAGAGACCUUCAGGCAACAUGCAGGAGCCUUCCAGCCCCUCAACAGGGAGGGCGGGGCAUGCUCAGCUGACCAGUGGCAGCGCACCUACCGCCGCUGCUCGGCCAAUGAGGUGCAUCACAUUUGUCUGGAGGAGAGCAAGUUCUUUGGGGAGUACCAGGGGAAGAGUUUCACCUUCGCCUCCUUCCACGCACACAAGAAGUAUGGUGUGUGUCUGAUUGGAGUGCGGAGGCUGGAAAAUGCCAACAUCCUGCUUAACCCAGGUCCCGGCCACAUCAUGGGCGGCUCAGACACCUGCUUCUACAUCAACAUUUCCAAGGAGGAGAACUCAGCUUUUGUCAGAGGCCACAGAGAGCCCACGCGGGGGGGCCCCAAGGGCAGUGACAGGGGGGUGGGGCCCCAGACCAUCUACCAUGGACUCACCAGACUGCCUGUCCACAGCAUCAUCGCCAGCAUGGGCACGGUGGCCAUUGACCUGCAGGACUCCGGUGACAGCAGCCCAGAGGGCCAGGGCACGGGGGGAAUGACCAUGGACAGUGGGGGAGUUGGAGGUGGCAGGGCCAGCCGGACAGAGGGGGUUGGGGGCGCUAACACCCUGGCCCUCCCAGCCACAACAGACUCUGCCGAGGAGAGACGCCACAGCAUCGCCCCUGUCCUGGAGCUGGUGGACGGGGUCAACUCAGCAACCUUCGACCCGCUGGGGGACCAAUCAGAGGACGAGGGCGGGGACGAGGGGAAGGAUCAAGGGGACGGAGACGAGAAUGGCCAGUGUUGGGGUGGACGCUGCGAGUGGGUGAAGGGGUACCCGCUGAACUCUCCGUACAUUGGCAGUUCCCCUUCCUUGUGUCACCUGCUGCAGGAAAAAAUGCCCUUCUGCUGCCUGCGCCUGGACAAGGCCUGCCACCACAUCCCGUUCGAGGACGCUCGGUCGUAUGGAUUUAAGAACAAGCUGAUCAUCGUGUCGGCGGAGAGUGCAGGAAACGGCCUGUACAACUUUAUCGCGCCCCUGAGGGCUUACUACCGCCCCAAGAAAGAGCUCAACCCCAUCGUGCUGCUACUGGAGAACAUACCCGAGCCAGACUUCCUGGAGGCUAUCUGCUGGUUCCCCAUGGUGUUCUACACAGUGGGCUCCAUUGACAACCUGGACAGUCUGCUGCGUUGUGGGGUGACGUUUGCUGACACCAUGGUGGUGGUUGACAAGGAGAGCUCCAUGAUCGCUGAGGAGGACUACAUGGCCGACGCCAAGACCAUAGUCAACGUCCAGACCCUCUUUAGACUGUUCCCAGCCCUCAGCAUCAUCACUGAGCUCACCCACCCAGCCAACAUGCGCUUCAUGCAGUUCAAAGUCAAAGACCACUACUCCCUGGCUCUCUCCAAGCUGGAGAAGAAAGAGAGAGAGAGGGGCUCCAACCUGGUCUUCAUGUUUCGUCUACCCUUCGCUGCUGGGAAGGUGUUCAGUGUCAGCAUGCUGGAUACUCUACUGUAUCAGUCCUUUGUGAAGGACUACAUGAUUUCCAUCACCAGACUGUUGCUGGGACUAGACUCCAUGCCUGGCUCAGGCUUCCUCUGUGCUAUGAAGAUCACUGAGGAGGACCUGUGGAUCCGCACCUAUGGUCGACUCUACCAGAAACUGUGCUCCUCCACUGGUGACAUCCCCAUCGGCAUCUACCGCACUGAAGCCCAAAAGUUACCAGUCUCUGAGUCCCAGGUGUCCAUCACAGUGGAGGACUACGAGGACACCAGAGAGCCCAGAGAGCCCCUGCUGUCCCGGAGGGGUCCCCACCGCAACUCCACCUCUUCCGAGCCCCCCUCCUCUUCCUCCCACUCCUCGGACCACCCCCUCCUCCGGCGGAAGAGCAUGCAGUGGGCCAGAAGGCUGAGCAGGAAGGGGGGUCGGGGGCCCAGCGGGUCGAAGGGGGUCACAGGAAGCGCUGCAGAGAGGAUCAGCCAGCAGAGACUGACCCUGUUCAGACGCUCUGAGAGACAGGAGCUCAACUCUCUGGUCCGCACACGCAUGAAACACCUGGGCCUCUCAGCCACAGGAUUCAAUGGGAUGACGGACCAGGGCAACAGGUUGUCUUACAUCCUCAUCAACCCCUCUCCUGACACCAGGCUGGAGCUGCACGAUGUGGUGUACUUGAUCAGACCAGACCCUCUGUCUCUGUUGCCUAACCAGGGGGGCACUAGGAAGGUCAGCAACAGCCGCUCCGAGGGCCACAGGUUCGACACACAGAACAGCACCCAUUUAUGAGCGUAGACAACAGAACUCAGCAGCAGAGUGUGAGUGGAGAAAGAAACGAGAGAGAGACAGAGAGAGAGCGAGGGAGAGAAAGAGAGAGAGAAAGAGAGAAAGAGAGAGGGGGGGGAUAUACUAUAGGGAAGGACACAUGUUCCACAUCUACUCUGAACAGACAGUCACAGCUGUCACGUUGUUUUGUAUUCAGAAACUCUCAAAUGCAUGGACCUUUUCUACAAGCUGGUUUGUUUCAUUUAUGCAGCGUUUCAUUUUUGAAGUGGAGAGCUGGGGACACAGAAGUGCAUUCAAUGACCUUUUAUUUGUAUUUAUGUAUGUGCAUGUACUGUAUGUAUGUUAUGAGCCAGACACUGACAUUUAUAUCUGGACAGCCAAAGGAACACAUUUCCAAAUGACUGUUAUUUUUCUGUCUCUAUGUGGUUGUGUGUCGAGGUGAUUGCAGCCGAGCCAACAGUAUGCUGAUCUGGGGUUUCAUGAAUAUGUUCUGUACCUUGUAAUCUGAUCCUACUGUUACUUUAACUCUCCGUCAGUUCCCACAUUCAUCUUUUAGCUCACCAGUAGCAGAGGAAGUCAAAGAGCAGUGAUCACCUGUCAAUUUCCACAAUUAGAGAGCUAGCAGGCAGACACUAAUGCUGGAUGAUCUACAACACCAUUUACUGUCUUCAGAAAGAAAAAAGCUUUGAAGGAGUGACCCAGUCGAUGAGUAUCUCUUGAACAAAUCUAAUAUUUGUUUACUGAUUCAUGUAACUUUAUGGAUAGUUCCAAAUGGCCAAGGCCAGCCUUUCUGUCUCUGUUAAUUAGUUAGUUAGUGUUUACCCUUCCCCACAUCUCCUCAACCAGCUCGCUAUUCUAUUAUUGUCAUGCAUGUUGGAGAGUCAUGCAUGUGGAGACCAAGGUCUUGAAAGCCGUGUGAAUCUUUGUCAAAAACCCAGCAGAGGUUUUGCAGAGAUGGUGGUGCCACCGUGUGGUGAGAAUGCUGCUCAGCAUCCCUGCACUAGAAGUGCCCUCAUUCAGUGCUGUUUCAACAGAUAUGGAAAUAUGUAUAUAUUAAAGUUGCUAUACAUCUA